CAGAACUUUUUCGUAUACCCCAAGUGAGUAAGACCCAGACUACCAACCCACUGGACAGACGACUCCACUAUACUCGAGUCGCGCUAUAUAGACUUGGUCAUUGGUGCUAAACUUUUCGAGGAGCAAAAAGAUGACACAGUUCGCUGGCAGACGUUCGUGUGAUAAUUCCUCACAGCCGGACUCAAAGUGGUGCUGAGCUAACGAUAGAUACCCGUGCGUCCGUCCGUAAGCGUCGCGUCGUCGUCGUCGUUUAGUUUCGAGCUGAGCUGCUGGAAGGCAAAAGGCACAUCCAGUAGCACUUCCUAGUCACUUCGGUAUUCGGUUCGGUGUUGGGUCCGAGUUCGAUUCGAUUGCAUUCGAUUCGAUUCGAUUUGAUUCCAAAAUUGAAUAUAGCAGAAUUCGCAUACUCGUCCGUCAAAGUCACAGCUCACAAAAAUAGUCUUUCAUUUAUUUGCUGCAAUAAGUUGUCAGGUGCGCGGAAAUGUUUAUCUAGUUUUUGUAUUGUUUUUAUGGCCGAUCCGCAGCCAUUCCCAUAACAGUCAAGUCAACCUAUAGUGAAGACCGAGACUCAGAGACAAGAAGUCAUUGGCUUUGGCAUCGGGUGCAGCCUUUGCAGUGAUUUUGAAGAAGUGACAGUGUUUUCUUUUAUUCUCUCUCGGUCGUACUUUAUUUAUUAUUGUUUAAGUUUUAGUUUAUUGGUUGAAGAAAAUUUGCUUUAAAAAAGUGCUAAAGAGUGACGCAAUGACAUCGGCAGAUAAUCACCGACAUGUAUCUUCUUAUGACAUCGGUGCUAAACCCUUCCGGCACGACCCCGAACGGGGUAAGUGGUCAUCGCGGUUGGACUUCUACUUUGCCUGUUUGUGUCAAGGCUUUGGAUGGGAGGCUCUUGGUGAAAUUCCGGUUUAUAUAUUUUUUAUGGGAGGAGGAUUCUCAAUAAUCUCAUUCCUGCUUUCAGUUUUAUUUGUUGGCAUUCCAAUAUUCUUCAUACAGUCAUUUCUAGGACAAUUUUCCAGUACUGGUUUAAUAUCAGCAUUUAGAAUAGUGCCAUUAUUUAAAGGUAUUGGCUUCCUCAUUGUGAUCUUCAACGCCAUCUCAUUAACAUAUUACAGCGUAUUUGCUGCAGUUCCAUUAUAUUAUUUUAUCGAAUCUAUUCAGCCGAAUCUUCCAUGGAUGAACUGUAACCAGUCUUGGAAUUCUCCGAAUUGUACAGUUCGGAAUUUCUAUGAUUUUAAUGAUGAAGCAGUUGAUCCUCAUGCAACAGUGGAGUUUUUUCAUUCAAAAGUGCGAGGACUGGAAGGUGACAGAGGUCCGUUCUCGAUAACGGUGGGGCUACUUUUCAGCACACUUGCCGUAUGGCUGAUAGUCAGCUUGGUGUUUUUCCAAAAAAUCAAACUUAUUGGAACACUUUUUCGAAUAACAGCUGUGAUACUUUUUGCUGCCUUUCUGGUUGUCUUCCUGAGGCUGUUCUGCCUGUCGGGCUUUCAAGAGGCUCUCAAGGGAUUUUCUUUUGAAAUUCCCGAAGUUCAUCUAAUGCAUCCACAUGUUGGUGCUUAUCUUGUGAUGUUAUUUUUUCGGCCUGGAUGGGCGAAUGUUGUCAACCUGGCUAGCCAUAAUAGUUUUCAAACGGAUAUAAUGAAGAUGUCGUUUAUGGUGUGUUUGAGUGGAUUUGGAAUGAUUGUGCUGGCGGCGACUGGUGGACGAAUCGUCUGGGAUCAUUUUGAAGAUCACGUUGGAGGAUUACAUUUGCAUGUGGACGAACAGCAUUCGCUGCAAUUUAUUUAUCUGUGUUAUGCUUUUCUUUUGGGGGAGCUGCCUUAUGCGAAUCUUUGGUGUGCGAUGUUUUUUGGAGCUUUGUGUCUUGUAGAAGUUAUCAAGAUUGUCACCCUAUUGAUGACAGUUCAAACAGCGCUUUGUGAUGAAUUUGAAAUUUUGCGCUCCCAUAGCCGAGUGAUAAAGGCCACAUUGGUUGGCUUCCUUGUAACGACUUCUAUCUUCUUUUGUACACAAUCUGGAUUCCAUUCGUUGGGGAUUUUUGACUUAGGAGCUGUCUUCUCACAAACUCUAGUCUUCUUCCUGAUACUCGUGGUUGUGCUUUGGAUCUAUGGCAAGAUGAGAUUCCAAAGAGAUGCUCAAUUUAUGGUGGGUCGAACCAUGUCCACUUGGGCGAUAUUUGUACUUCAGUACGUAGCACCUUUUGUUCUCUGCGUUCCCAUGUUCAUUGUGGUAGUUCAGUUAAGUGACUUUGAUAAAGUCCUUGUAGUUUUAGGUUAUUUAAUCCAAUCUCUUCCAUGGAUGGUUGUUAUUAUUUAUAUAAUGUUUGCACUAUCAAAAUCCCGCCGAAGAUCGUUGGCAGCUAAGUUAAGAGAAUGCAUACAACCUAGUGAUUGGUAUCCGGCUAAUCCAGCCGAUUGUCGACGUUAUGAACAGGCUAUUGGAUUGCCUGAUCACGCACAUCAGCUUUUAGAAAUGCAUUUGGAUAUGGAUCCAUAGUUUUACUAUAGAUGCUAAUUUUAUAUUUUUAAUUUAUACAGAAUAGACUAUAGAAGUUAGAAGUAAAUACAAAAUUUUUUCAAGUGUCAA